CACCUCUCUCUCUGCAUGAACGCAGCGUGGACCGCCCUGCGCCGCCUCGUAUCCCCGCCCAGCAUGACGUCCUCGCCCUCACUCCGCAACCUCGGCCCGCCCCAGCACAAGGGCAUGACGGCGCUCGACAGGUCCAAGUUUGACCUCACGAUUCCCGUGCUCGCGGCGCGCGUCAAGGCGAGCGAGAUGGGCAGUGUGCGCAAGCACGACUUGUUGAAGGGCCACAUCGUCGACAUCCCCAAGAUCCGCAGCAUCACGCCCGACGCCGACCCCGCCCUCCGCCGCCUGCUGCUGCGCGUCGCCAAGCCCGACGACCUGCCGGCCGACACGCGGGCGUACCUCGCCUCGAGCGGGAUCACACUCGAGCCGGACGCCGUGACGCUCGGAUACGACCACUGGACCGCGAGCGAGAUCCUCAACGCCGUCAUCGAGACCAAGGAGGACGAGGACACGCCGUCGAGCUUCACGCAGACAGGCCACAUUGCCCACGUCAACCUCCGCGAAGAAUGGCUGCCGUACAAGGCCAUGAUCGGACAGGUCAUCCUCGACAAGAUCCCGUCCAUCCGCACCGUCGUCAACAAGCUGAGCGAGAUCCACGCAGAGUUCCGAUACUUUGACAUGGAGGUGAUUGCCGGCGAGGCGGAUUUCGUCGCGACGACGUCGGAAUCCGGCUGCACCUUCACUUUUGACUUUGCGCACGUGUACUGGAACUCGCGCCUGCACACCGAGCACGAGCGCCUCAUCUCGCUCUUUACGCCGGGCAGCGUAGUGGCGGACGCGAUGGCCGGCGUGGGCCCGUUCGCGGUCCCGGCGGCCAAGCGCGGCGCCUACGUGCUCGGCAACGACCUGAACCCCGAGAGCGUGAAGUGGAUGCGCGAGAACCGGGUCAAGAAUAAAGUGGAGGCACGGCUACGCGUCACCGAGGCCGACGCGCGGCAGUUCAUCAACGGCGCGCCGCUCGAGGCUUGGCGGAAUCCAUUUGUCCGCUCCGAGCCGGUCACCGUUCGGCAGAAGGAGCGCGAGGCUAGACGGAGACGAGAGGCGGCGAAGGAGGCCGGCGUGGAGCUGCCCAAGGAGGAAGUGAAGGUCGACUCGCCGCCAAAGCCCCAGACGGUCGACCACUACGUCAUGAACCUCCCCGACUCGGCGCUCGAGUUCCUCGACGCGUACGCUGGCAGCUUUACGCCCUUGCUGUCCGAGCCUGGGUUCGACGCCGCAAGCACAACCCUGCCUUUGAUCCACUGCCACUGCUUCACGCGCUUCCUCGACAUCGAGGGCGCGACGCGCGACAUCAACGAGCGCGCCAGCGCAGCCCUCGGCUACCCCGUCACCACCGACAUGGACGGAUACCUCCUCCACCCCGUCCGCCGCGUCGCACCAAACAAGGACAUGUACUGCCUCACCUUCCGCCUGCCACACGACGUCGCGUACAAGAAGACUGUGUAG